GAACAUUCACAUUCCUACACUACCUACAUAAAUGCUCACGAAGUAUAGUGAUAUCUGAGUGGAAAGCAGCGUAAAUUCAAGCGUUCGUCUAAGCGUGGUGACGUUUGAUUCAGUGUUUGGUGAUUGUUUGGCUUGUUGCACAGCAGGUCGGGUCGGGGCGCUGACCUGGCGUGGCCCUGUGUCGGUAUCCGUGAGGUGGGGUGGGAGGGCAAACGCUCUCUAAGCCUAAAUUUGCCGUGAAUCGAUUCCCUCAUGAUUAGGAGACACGCAAACGUGGCGAGGCGAGGCGAGGCGAGGGGAGCAUCGCACAGGUCUGAGGGGAGUGAAGGGCGAGUGAGCGAGUCAGUACACAGCCGGUCGCCUCGCAGAGAACUGCACGUCACACGUCGCACCAGCCUCGCCCACUCAGCCUCCACGCCCCCUCGUCUCUCCCUCGCACAGUGCAUUUUCCGGUCCUCCUGUCCGCCUGCAGUGUGUGUGGCAAUAGACUUCUUGCCGGCGAGCUGCGGGGCACGGCACCAGGCGGGGGCCGGUCCCAUGAGGGGCUGUUCCAAGUGAAGGAGACGUGAGCCGCGGCGUGUUUGUUUGGGUUGGCCGCCGGACCCCACCAACCCGCUGUCCUACCGCAACGCCCGCCCCAGUGGGUGGCCGAGUGGCCGACAUCCUCCAGGCGGUGGCGGGACAAGAGUGAACCAAGGAUAGCACUUAGUGUGGUCUGUAAACCUUCGAGUGGACAACGCCGCGUUUCAUCAACUACCCUUGUGUACUGGUGGAGACGACACAUCUACGUGCACUACAUUAUCAAGCAGUGUGUGGAACAGACACACUGCACUUGCAAAACAAAUUCUGGUCGCGUGAGAGGCUGAGGGCUGUGAGGGCCGCCCAAGCACCACGCCACCACCAUGCCCGCACAAACCAGCACGGGCAGAGGCCGCGCGCUGCCUACUGAGGUGUCCCCGCCGGAGGAGUAUUUCCGAGGGGUGUCGCCGCUGUGCCGCCGCCUCUUGGACGACAUGAAGGCUGUGCGGGAGUCGUGGGGGGAGAACUGGCACCAACUGUCAUACCAGCAGCAGUGCCGCGUGAUCGACCAGGCCAUCGUGGACGAGGCGACGGUGAGGCGGUACGAUGAGAGCAGCGGCGGCGUGGGUGAAGGAGGCCCCGAGUGUGAGUACUUCCCCAAGCUGAAGCUGACGACAGGGCAGAAGGUGGUGUGUGACGAGAACCUCACCGCUAGAGGCUUCUCGUGUAGUUGGCGGGACGAGCACUCAGCGCCCUUCUCGUGGCACACACGCUCCCAGAUGGACUUGACGCUGGACACGCCCCCCGCCACGCCCACCCAUCCUGGCACGCCCGUGGAGACCCCGCCCACCACUGUGUCUGGAGAGGGGCGCGUCAUACCCGGCGGGCGCGCAGUGUACACGGCGCGGCCCGUGUCGCUGCCCAAGCCGCCCCGCUUCCGUUGGCACUAUGACCCCCCCGACGACCCGCCGGACCCGCCUUCCGUGGUGGUGGCCGCGCCGCGCGCCUCCACGCUGCCGCGAGAGGUCACUACGGAGACCAAGAAGUCACCCACGUCCCUCAAGUACAUGCUGGUGCGAGGGCGCGGCGAGGACGGUGUGGGUGCGGGACUGCUCACCAGGAUCAGGGGCGCCGUGAUGGCACUCACGGCCACGUGUCUGCCGCUGCGCGCCUCGCCGGGCCAUGGCUCUCUAUUCUCCAGUCACCGCGAUGCGGGAGGCAAAGAGGCUGACCUGAAGGCGUCUGACCUGCGAGGCAUCGGCUCCCGGCAGCAGCAGCAGCAGCAGCAGCAGCAAGGACGGCCCGGAGACCACACCGCUACCUCCACCCUCACCACCACCACCACCACCAACCUGACCCCAGGGGAGGGCGGCGAGGGAGACACCAGCACGCUGCCCUCACUCUCCAGGCUGUCCCCCGAUCCCACCCUGGCUGGCUACGUGUGCUCGCUACCUGACGACGACGACGACAUGCCCUACACCGCCGCCCCACGCCCGGCCCCUGCUGCCGCCCCACGCGACUCCUUACUGUUCGGCGCGACUUCGCCGCUCAAGACCAAGAGCAGCCCCAAGACCACGCUCACGCCUUACACCGCCUCGGACAGCGCCGCCUGCACCUCCCUGCCCACGCCCCUCCCCACGCCCACGCUCAGCGAGGAGCCUCCUACAAGCACUGUCACCUUCUCACAGAUGAGCGACACGCCCCUCCCCUCGCCCGCCGCUGGCCAAGGUGGAAGACACCCUAAGCUCAUUCUCCGAGCCUGACUCUACCCUGGACGCUCUGGACACGCCGAGGGAGGAGCAGCCGCUGCUUACGUCAGGGAGGGAGAGGGAAAUGAGCCUCACCAGCGACACGGAGGAGGUGUUCAAGUCUGUGCUGUCCACCAAGCGAGACAGCAACAUUCCCAAGACGGGCUUCGACUUCUUGGACAACUGGUAACGUGGAGAACACAGGGAUUACUGCCACCAGCUCUCUCUCUCUCUCUCUCUCUCUCUCUCUCUCUCUCUCUCUCUCUCUCUCUCUCUCUCUCUCUCUCUCUCUCUCUC